GUGUUUAUUCUGUGCUCAAGGUACAAUAAAACGGUUGUCUAGAUUUCUGUAUAUGCCGCCAUUUAACAGCAGCCUGUAGUCGUCACGGUAUCAGCUUUAGCUCUCACAGCAUAACUCUACAGGUAGCAGCGAUGAAUAUACACCGGUAUCACCGCAAGUCUGACCUCAAUCGGAGUAUUUCGCAAGACGUUUCAGAUGUAGAACCACCUGUCGUGAAUUCGUUCUACGACUUGACUGCUAAGUCUCUGACCGGCGAAGAGGUCAACUUUUCUAGCUACAAAAACAAAGUCGUUCUGAUUGAAAACGUGGCGUCCCUCUGAGGCACGACCGUCAGGGAUUUCACCCAACUCAAUCAGCUGGUCGCCAAAUUUGGCGAUAAGCUGCAAGUGUUGGGAUUUCCCUGCAACCAGUUUGGUCACCAGGAAAAUGCCACGGAAGAGGAGAUCCUAAACAGCCUUAAGUACGUCCGGCCUGGAGAUGGUUUCGUGCCAAACUUUCCAUUGUUUUCUAAAGUGUUAGUGAAUGGAAAAGACACCCAUCCAGUAUUUCGCUAUCUGAAGUCUCAUCUACCGACCCCAAGUGAUGACAGCGAAUCUCUUAUGGCCGACCCACGUGCCAUCAUCUGGAGCCCUGUAAGAAGAACCGACCUAUCGUGGAAUUUUGAGAAGUUCUUAAUCGACAGUAAAGGAAACCCAAUCAAGAGAUAUAGUCGCCAUUUUGAGACCAUCAACAUAGCCAAAGACAUCGAAAAUCUUCUUUAACCUCAACUUCAAAUUCAAAAGAUGAUUAAUAUGAUUAUAAUUUGAUUAAAUAUUGAUGUAGGUAGAGGCUCUGGUUGCUUUCAAUCUGCGAUCACUAGUUGAUGGCUGCUAGGUUACACUCUAACUUCAUUUGUACAACUACCCAUGUAAAUCACGUUUGGCAGCACUCCUCUGACGGGAUUUGUCAACCGAUUAGAGCGCGUCUUACUAAAACAAUUGAUAUUCUAGUAAGUGGACUACAAACACGCUCUGAUUUGCUGCUCUUCCUGUGAGAUUUGAACGCGAUCUGCAUUUACAGAGGCAUUUUCACCGAAUCCGAUAAACCAAUGAUCGUACAUUAAAAGCGACCAUAGUUUAUACCUUCAUCAGACUGAUUGUAUUCGAGCCCAAAAAUUGUAUUCACAAAUUAUUUACCCACAUACACAUCUGGAAUAAUUGCAAAUUACUCGUUUUACUCUAAUGAACUGCAAUAGUGAUAAACAGUGGUUAAUUUUCAUCUUCGAAAAAAACUGUUACAUUGAUGGUUUUACUUUUAUGAUGACGUCAUCGUAAACUUCCCAAUGCCGGUGGUGUCGGAUCCCCAGUAAACGCACUUGCAAUGUCAUAGUUUUUUGUAUGAACGUGGAAGUAACUCGAGAAAUGAAAUAAUAAAAUUAAUAUACACUUA